AUGAAGCUUAUGCAGAGGUUGGCCCUUGUCGCCCUUUUUUGGGCGCAGGUCGAGGGCUUCCGACGCCAGGUCGAAAAGACGGGACUCCGAGGGCCACACGAGCCAAAGGCGCUGCUGGAAGAGCUUGAGAACGUCUUGGGCGCUGGACACCGGGAGGCGGCGGAGCGUCGGCUGCAGGGAUUGGAAGACGACCUACGAGUGACCUUCAAGGCGCUUCCCAAAAACCAGCGCGGUGCUUUGGAGGCACCUUCCGCACGCUAUGCCCUGCACAGGCUCUUCAACAAACGCCAUGGUUGGCAGAUCAAGGGUUUGGAGUCUGCAGGAGGCUCAUGGAAUUUGGAGUCACCAGUGCUUGCCAUGGGAGAUCGUGUCCCUCCACAGAUGCGUGAACUCUUUGAGGAUCGCCUCGGGUCUUAUGGCUUGACCUUACACGAGCUGGCCGUCCUCGCCGCCACGAUGGAAGGAAUGUUCGAGCGAGAUGUGGAGCAGCGAUUGGCCAUCGUUUAUGGCGAGAGGCAGUUGGCCUUGGAGGCCAAGAGCAACUGGGAUGAGGCCAAUGCGCUGAUGUGGAACUAUGUGGCCGCUUUUGUCACAGGAGUUCCAGUGGAGAAUCUGACCGAAGGAGAUGUGACUCGAGCUGCACGGCAAUUCACCUUCAGGUUUCCCCGCCAUGCGGAAGCCCAAGAACUGCUGUUCGAGAUUGCUCAUGAGGUGGUUGGAUCUGCGGCCAGUGACGCUGUCUAUGACUUCGCACUUCUACAGACCAUCCUCUCCAAGUUUGGGCAGCGCCUGGGAGCAUUGGAGGACAACGAAUGCCAGGUGAUGAAGACCAAGUUGACAUCCCUCGAGUAUCGGGGUGGCAAUGGACUAGUGCGCUUGGGCGACUUCUACGCAGAUCAGGAACACUUCACGGAGGGAGCCGAAUACUUGCGUUCCAGUGGUGUGCUGGAUGAAUCAGAUCCCGAAGAUCCCAAGGUGAUUAUUCCAAACUACUUGGCCAGUCCAUCCAACUGCGUUCAGCCUGCUGGUUACUACAGCAUUUGCUGCUUCGAUGAGUGUGAGGCUUUGAUGGAUCAGGUGGAGAAGAACUUGGAAGCGCCCAUGGGCACCGCAGAGAAGAUUGCGGAUGUGGUCUCCGGCCUGGCUUCCGCCUCCCAGCCGGCCAACCGCACGCUGUCUCCUCGACUCUUGCAGCUUCUGGACGAUGUGGCUGGCCAUCAUGGUGGAAUGGUGCCGAUUCAUGGCCGUCUCUUUGCUCAAUGGAUGCACGAAGCCUAUCCACGCGAGUGCAGCUACCCAGCCACUGCUCAGCGUUCCAGCCUGGACAAUGACAUUGGGCACGUUGAGGACUCCGAGAAGGAAAAGUAUGCGCAAAUUGCGAAGAAGCACGAGAACCGCACGACCACCACAAGCACCCCAUGGAUCAUGAAGGAGGAGCUCGUGGACCAAAAGGCCUUUGAGUCGCAUGUGAAGUCGUCCCUGAGGGGUGACAUCAGCAUGUUUAGUGCUGUGGGCUUCAUGGGCAUGCUGGCUGCGAAGUUGUUUCUGGGGCCCAGGCAUGACAAGGAGAAGUUGCCAUGA